AUGGAGCAGUUUGACGUCACCAACGCUGACCUUGAACGCGGCAACGAGAGAGAAGACGAAGCAUUCUUCCGUAUUACGGUGAGCGAGCUUGUGCCGCUCACCAAGCACCGUACGUUGCGCGACUUGGAGGCGCUUGGUGGUGUUACGCAGCUCGCCCGUCGGCUCCGAGUCGACCUGCAGCGAGGUAUCGAUCCAGAGAGCGUUGUGGCUCGCCAGCAGUACUUUGGGGCGAAUCUUCUAAAGUACGCACCUCCACCGAGUUUUCUGCGACUCGUUUUCGCGGCCUGGAACGACGUCACCCUCGUGUUGCUGACUGGUGCCGCGCUGAUCAGUUUGGUGCUGGGCCUGGCGCUGCCGUCAGAACGUACCCGCUACGGAUAUCUGGAUGGGUGUGCUAUCCUCGUGGUUGUUGUACUGGUUGUCUGCCUUGAUGCGACGAUUGCAUUGCAGCGAGAGCGCCGCUUCCGGUCCCUUAAUGCGGUGAAGGACGCGUUCCCCGUAAGAAUCCUCCGCGGAGGCGAAGUGCGUCUUGUGGAUGCCCCUGGGGUUCUCGUUGGCGACCUCAUCAAGCUUUCCGCUGGCGACAAGGUACCCGCGGAUGGGAUCCUUUUACAGGGAACUGAUUUCGCCUGUGAUGAAUCCACCUUGACCGGGGAAAGUGUCCCAGUGUCCAAGACAGGUGCAUUCGAUAGGCCUGCUGCUGCUGCCGCCGCCGCCGCGGCAAGUAAUGCUGCUAAGACGACUGCUACUAUACAGCUGCAUGCAGAUGGCGACGACGUAUCGCCUGCUCCACCAUCGGUACAUGAAGAAGCGGACAUUUUCGUGCUAUCGGGAACCAUCGUUACGAGUGGAUUCGGUACCAUGCUCACUGUUGCAGUGGGCAUGAACUCAGUCUGGGGCCAGCUGUUGACAAGCCUGCGCCCAACGCCACCACAGACGCCACUCCAGGUUCGACUGAACCGUCUCGCCCGCUCCAUCGGUUACAUUGGACUGGGUCUAGCGUUCCUCGUGUUUGGCGUGCUCUUUAUUCGCUGGUUGGUAGAUUCCAUUCGGAGCGGCUCAUGGCCUAUUAUGAAACUCACGGAGAGUAUCACUGCCGCGAUAGCGAUCGCGGUUGUCGCCAUCCCCGAGGGACUCCCGCUUGCCGUCGUGCUGAGUCUGGCCUUUGCCAUGCGUCAAAUGAUGAAAGAGAACAUACUGGUGCGUCGUCUGGAAGCCUGCGAAACGAUGGGCUCUGCAACGCAGCUCAACAUUGACAAAACUGGUACAAUGACUUGGAAUCAGCUCCGAGUAACGGAGGCUGCGCUACCGGCGGGCUCGCUGAGCGAUCUGCUGCAGCGGCGCACCAUUUCACCCAUCUAUCUUCGCUUGUUAGCUAGUUGUAUCGCCAUCAAUAGCCAAGCUGACUUGCGUGAUCAACAGAAUGGCACUGUGGAGUACAUUGGCAACCGCACGGAAUGUGCGCUCUUGGAGCUGCUGCAUCGCAUGGGAAUUUCGUAUCGGGAGCUGCGCGCCGCUUCCUCGCUCCGUCGUGUCUACCUCUUCAACAGCACUCGCAAGCAAAUGUGCAGCAUUGAGCAGCUCGCACCAGACGGUCGUUUGGAACGCUUGCACGUGAAAGGAGCCCCCGAUCAGCUGCUCGAGCGUUGUGUCCUCGAAAUGAAUUGCCGUACCGGAGCAUUGACGCGAAUGAGUUGGUCCAAGCGCAACGCGUACCGCAGUGCGAUGGAAGCUUUUGCGGAGCAGGGACUCAGAAUGCUCCUGGUUGCGUUCUGGGACCAACAGCAACCGGCAGAGACAGGGAACCUCCCGGGUGUGAACGAACCGCCUGAAACGGAAUUGAUUCUGCUGGGCAUUUUCGGAAUGAGCGAUCCGCUACGACCCGAUACCGCCGCGUCGGUGCGGGCACUGCAACAGGCCGGUGUCUUCGUUCGUAUGGUCACUGGAGAUAGUGUGCAAACGGCGACGCAGAUUGCACAGGCGGCAGAGCUGCUAGAGCCGGGAUCCUCCCCAGUGCAGCUGGUAUGGGAUGCGGCCGCAUUUCGCCAACUACCUCGUGCCGUUCAGCAAAAUGUUUCGAUGCGAAUGCGCGUGCUCGCACGUGCAACCCCGGCAGAUAAGCUCGAAUUGGUGCAACUUUUUCGAGCGCUCGAACAAGUCGUGGCGGUAACCGGGGACGGAAGCAACGACGCGCCUGCCCUGCGUGAAGCCGAUAUAGGCUUCGGAAUGGGUGUGUCUGGUACAGAGCUCGCGAAAGAGGCUGCUGAUGUGGUGCUGUUGGACGAUCGACUCGGGUCUAUUGUUGCUGCGGUACUCUGGGGUCGGAAUGUGUUGGAGAACAUUCGCAAAUUUUUACAGUUUCAGCUGACUGUGAAUAUUGUUGCGGUGACGCUCGACCUGUUCAGCGCGUGUGCCGGCAUGACGCUACCGCUGUCCACAGUGCCCCUUCUAUGGGUCAAUGUAGUGAUGGAUUCAUUUGGAGCGCUCGCCCUGGCCACAGAGGCACCACGUAGCGCACUCAUGCAGCAGCCACCACAAGGCCGGAACGCGCCGCUCAUAACGCCCGCCAUGGUGCGGAACAUGCUCGGCAUCGCGCUGUAUCAACUUGCGGUGAUGAUAACGUUGUUAUUCGUGACGGUUCCAUUGUUCCAUAUUCCUUGUUACGCGGUUUCUACGUCUUCGGAUCCUUGCGGUGGUCAGACGCUACAGCGAAAUGGAUUUAUCUUUAACACAUUUGUAUUCCUGCAACUUGUAUCAGAGCUGAACAGUCGACGCAUUGCCGAACGGCAUGUUUUCGAAGGUAUCGGUCGCGCACGUCUCUUCCUAUGCAUUGUUUUCGGUUCCGCUGUCAUACAGGUUGUCCUUGUGGAGGUGCUCGGUCGCACUGCGGUUGGCCAGUCAGUCGGCAUCGUGAAUCUGUCGGGCGCUCAGUGGGGUGCAGGUCUCCUGAUUGCCGGCCUCGAGCUGCCUAUAGGUUUCCUGACUCGCUUGUGCCCAGUCUCAUGGGUUCAUCAACCGGGUCGCCUGUGGCAAGCACUUUGCCACCAGCUCAUGCAACGGAACUUGAGACGCUACCAAGCCGGCACCAACUAUCGGCUGGGCGAUGCUCCAAUGGGCAACGAACCGCAGUCCGCUGCGGCACCAGCGGAUUCGGGUUUUGCACAGAUAACCGCAGCACUACCCACGAUAUCCAAUGCGCAAGAUGAUGCCCACGGUGGCAGCAGUGGAAGUAGUAGGAUGGGAACCAGCGCGGCGACCUCCGUCCAGCUGAAGGAUCGCUGUGCCCAGUCUCGGAGGCGAUUCCGCGUUUUCUGCCAUGCAGCAGUGGCUUUACAGCGAAUGGACCUGUGCGCAUGCACUCGAGAAAGCGCUCGAAUUCAACAGGCAAUCUAUGGGCAAUCUUCUCUCUGGAGCGAGUCUUCGAAGCGCAAUCUACGGAGUCGUCUCUGGGCUGUCGUCGGCAUGUUACGCCUGCUCCGCGUCUCCGUCCCGUCUCCGUAUGAGGCAGAGCGUACCGCGCUAACAUCUGAGUUGUUGGGCGCUCAGCUGAAAAUGAACCCAGUUGCGCUCCAUUCGAAGCAGUCCUAG